AUGAAAAUUUUUGCCCUUCUCAGCGCUGCAGUAUUUGGCCAGACAACUGAUCCACCAACUUCUGCCCCACCAGCCACGAUUACUCUAGGAACAACAGUUACCGCUCCAGAGGCUUUUGCUUGCUUGACUUGCAAUGCUAACAACGUUGCCGACUGCAUCGCCAAUGGAACGAUGGUUGAAUGCCAAGACAGCCAGACGUCCUGCGCUGUCACCAUGCGUAAACGACGAGGAAAAACCUACUUCGUCCAGGCUGGCUGCAAAGCCCUCGACGCCUGCCUCGUCAACAAGAGUCAGAACAACAGAGGUCCCUGGAAGCUACAGGAGUGCAAGCCAUACAACAACAAAAAGAUCGAAAAUUCUGUCUGCCGCCAAUGCUGCGACGGAGCUCCCGAGUGCGUCCAGAACACCUUCUUCAACGCAGAUGGAACCGACGGAAUCCAAAAACGGGCCACAUGGAUAAACGACUACGUCAGCCAGGACGAUUAA